AUGCUCUCUCGUCUGUCACAAGUAGCCCGUCAUUUGUCCCGACCGCUGCCCAACAUCGCGUACGUAUCGGCUGCGUCGGUAAGGGGAUCAAAAGCAUUGAACAGCACAAUGACGACGAGCACCACGGCGAGUGAGCGUGCCUCGAGAAAAAUUCACACGGCAGCCUGCUUGAUUAUUGGCGAUGAGACAAAUUCACAUUACUUUGCCAAAUGGUGUUUUGGUCUAGGAAUCAUUCUGAAGCGAAUCGAAGUCAUUGCCGACGAUGAAGCCGGGAUUAUCGAGGCCGUGCGCCGCAUGAGCGAGCGCUACGACUUCGUAGUAACAAGCGGCGGCAUAGGCCCAACCCACGACGACAUCACAUACAAGUCCAUCGCCAAAGCCUUCAACCUGCCCCUGGUCCUGCACAAGCCGGCCCACGCCCUGAUGAGGAAGCUCUCCAAGCCGCACCCGAACCAGCCCGCCUUCCGCUGGGACGAGGACUCGCCCGCGCUGCGCGCCAAGCUGCGCAUGGUUGAGCUGCCUACCGACGUCAGCCGCCCCCUCGAAGAGCAGACCCUGUUCCCCUGCGCCGACCUGUGGGUUCCCGUUGCGGUCGUCAAUGGGAACGUGCAUAUCCUGCCGGGUGUGCCUCGGUUGUUUGAGAAACUGCUCCAAGGGCUGACGGCGUUCAUUUUGCCGCGCCUGACCGAUCCUGAGGGCAAAGGGAUUGUACGGGUUACCAUCUCGACGCCGCUUCCCGAGAGCGAGGUGGCUGGGUAUCUGGCUGAGCUUGCCGAGAGGGUCGAGCAAAAGGGAGUCAAGGUCGGGAGUUACCCCAGGUGGGGGAAGAAGAGGAAUACUGUGACGCUAGUUGGGAGGGACAAGGAGUUCCUCGAGACCAUAACUCCGGAGGUGAUUCACUAUGUUCAGGGGAGGCUAGUCACGGUUGAAGGGGAGGACGACGACGCUGAUGCUGAGACGAAGGAAUGA